GUCCUUCCUCGCAUGCUUACUCCACCAUAUAUCCGUUACCCAAUGGCCUAACUUAUUGAUUGCGACUUUUCUUCUCUUCUUUUGACCGUUUUGCCCCUCUCUGUCCUUCACCGUACGGUUCUAUAUUUACUCCACCCAAUCUGUGGGUUUUUUUUCAAACAGAUUUUCCCGAUGAGGAAGAAGGCGAAGCAGAUUCACAUCUCCGAGCCUUUCGAGCUUCUCUUGGAUGAGCUCGUGUUCGUCAUCCUGGACCUCAUCGCCCAGAACCCUUCCGAUCUGAAAUCAUUCUCUCUUACCUGUAAAUGGUUCCACCAAGUCGAGGCCAGGCACCGCAAGUCCCUGAAACCUCUCAGGCCGGAGUACCUCCCUCGAAUCUUGACCCGCUACCGGAACACCGCCCAUCUCGACCUCACCCUCUGCCCGCGCGUCACCGACUACGCGCUCAGCGUCGUUGGCUGUCUCUGCGGGCCUACGCUCCUCUCCGUCGACCUAUCGCGCUCUGCCUCCUUCUCCGCCGCGGGGCUGCUGAGACUGGCCGUCAAAUGUGUGAAUCUCGUGGAGAUUGACCUGUCCAACGCGACGGAGAUGAGGGACGCGGCUGCGGCUGUGGUCGCCGAGGCGAGGAGCCUGGAGCGCCUCAAGCUUGGGAGAUGCAAGAUGCUGACGGACAUGGGAAUCGGAUGCAUCGCCGUUGGGUGCCGGAAGCUCAACAUCGUCAGCUUGAAAUGGUGCGUAGGCGUCGGAGAUUUGGGCGUUGCUUUGCUUGCCGUCAAGUGCAGGGGCAUUCGCUGCUUAGACCUCUCCUACUUGCCCAUCACAGGCAAGUGUUUACAUGAUGUUCUGAAACUUCAACACCUUGAAGAACUUCUUCUAGAAGGGUGCUUCGGAGUCGAUGAUGACAGUCUUGAAUCACUCAGACAUGAUUGCAAGUCACUGAAGAAGCUUGAUGCAUCGAGCUGCCAGAAUUUAACUCAGAGAGGUUUAACCUCACUUUUAAGCGGGGCCGGAUGUCUUCAGCGCCUUGAUGUAGCACAUUUCUCUUCUGUGAUAUCAUUGGAUUUUGCAAGUAGCUUAAAGAAGGUUUCCGCAUUACAGUCAAUCAGGUUAGAUGGUUGUUCUGUUACUUGUGAUGGGUUGAAAGCGAUAGGGGCUUUGUGCAAUUCACUGAGAGAGGUUAGCCUAAGCAAAUGCGUGAGCGUAACUGAUGAAGGUCUCUCUCAUCUAGUAACGAAACUGAAGGACCUCAGAAAACUUGACAUCACGUGUUGCCGGAAACUAAGUGGAGUUUCAAUCAUACAAAUAGCCAAUUCAUGUCCCUUACUCGUAUCUUUGAAGAUGGAGUCGUGUUCUCUUGUCUCCAGAGAAGCCUUUUGGUUGAUCGGACAGAAGUGUCGGCUACUCGAGGAGCUUGACUUAACUGACAAUGAGAUUGAUGACGAAGGACUAAAAUCCAUAUCUAGCUGUCUCAGUCUUUCCUCGUUGAAGCUGGGAAUUUGUCUAAAUAUAACAGACAGAGGGCUCUCGUACAUUGGUAUGGGAUGCUCAAAUCUGCGUGAACUUGAUCUUUACAGGUCAGUGGGAAUAACAGACAUAGGAAUCUCUUGGAUCGCCCAAGGCUGCUAUCAUCUCGAAACAAUAAACAUAUCAUACUGCAAAGACAUCACAGACAAGUCCCUGGUUUCACUGUCCAAAUGCUCGCUGUUACAAACAUUCGAGAGCCGGGGAUGUCCGAACAUCACGUCCCAAGGACUUGCCGCCAUCGCUGUUCGGUGCAAGCGACUCGCCAAGCUCGACUUGAAGAAGUGCCCAUACAUCAAUGAUUCCGGGUUGCUCACUCUCGCUCACUUCUCACAGAGUCUCAAACAGAUAAGUGUGUCGGAGACGGCGGUGACUGAGGUGGGACUUGUGUCGCUGGCCAACAUAAGGUGUUUGCAGAAUAUAGCGGUGGUGAAUGGGAGCGGUUUAAGCCCGAGCGGAGUAGCAGCAGCGUUGGUGGGGUGUGGAGGAUUAAGGAAAGCGAAACUGCACGCUUCCCUCAGGUCGCUACUUCCUGCGUCGCUGAUCCAACACUUGGAAGCUCGUGGUUGCGCCUUCCUCUGGAAAGACAGUACCACCCUUCAGGCGGAGUUAGAUCCCAAGUACUGGAAGCUGCAGCUCGAUGACGUCGUGCCUUAAACAUUCUGAAUGAGAAAGAGGCUUCUAUCGGGUUGAAUUGUACCAUCACGUUUGGAAAGAAAUAAAGAAGGACAGGCCCAUGUUGGGAGUUGGCCACGUGUAAGAAGAAUAAGAGGAGGAAUGUAAUAGGCUAAUAAUAGCGAUCGCUAGCUGGAAUGUUGUUGUCGACGGCGCGUGUACCCUACACACCCCUUACAUACAUACAUCGAUAUAGUCAGAGUCUCAGUCACAUGUUGACAUGUAGGUAGUGAGUACCCUUUCGUAAUUAUUCUUUCUUCUUUUUCUUUUGGGAUGAUGCCGAAAUCAACGGACGUAACAGAGUCACAAGAGAUGAUGCCUCUGUUCCUUUUUGACUUUUUCCUCACCCUGUUUUUUUAAAUGUUUUCCUCUUUCCUCUUUCCUCAUAAUCAUAAUUCAUCGUUAAUGCCUCUCUAUCAACUCGCCUCGGUGGUAGGGCC